AUGAAAGUCAGGGUUACGCUACAUUCGGGGAGUAAGCUGCAGAAUUUGCCAUCGUUCCACGAGUAUGUGGCCGAGAAUGCGCGCGGUGGGCCGGAUGAAGAAAAUAAGCUUGUCGACCAGAUCCAGUUCUCGUGGGGGCAAAAGGUCGAGCCGAAGGCCGAAUCCGGUGUAGUACCGCAAAGAACCGAGGAACCCAGCGUAAGAACAGACCCUCGCUUAUUUACACUGACGAAUAAGGAGAUGUGGCCCGAGCAUUUUCGGCACUUGCGACCCAGCUCGGACGAUGAAAAGACACCGAAAAGCCGUCCGGACUCGAAGACGUUGCCCCGGUCGGGGGUGAGGAGGAUCACGCCGAUUGAGGCCUGGAAUCGCGAGAACCCGAUCGUCGAUCUGCCAUUAUCAAAGGAGCGCCGAGACAUUCCAUUCAAGGAAGAAGCCAUGCUUGUUGUAGUGAGAUCUACGGCUUUAGGUUCUGAGCGCGCCACCAGUAUGGAAGAAAGCCCUGUUUGCACGAUCGGCUUUCGAAAUCGAAGCCUAAUCUUUAGCCCGCCGUUGACAAAAACGGGUUAUAAAUUGGACACCUGGAAUGGACCACUGACCGCUACAGUGACAGUUCUUGACGAAGAAUUUACCGAUAUUCUACAGGAGAGCCCGGCUGGGGAAAUGGAAAACCUAAGCGAAGAGUCCUUCUACCUUCCGACCGGCCAGCUCGUGCAGUACACCUAUUUCGUGGAGUUGUCAGAAGCCAUCAAUUUUCCGCGGGACCCACUCUUCGUCGAGUAUUCCGUGAAAUUCCCCGCGCAUUUGAGGAAGGAGCCGAAUGACAUGAUGAGCGACAAAAUUUUGGCCGAUGAUGAUCCGCGAAUCGGGACAGUUCACGGCACCAGCGCAAAUGCUUUUGCAAAUCGACGAGGAAGGAAUAGAGUGGCGGUUCUGAAUCACCUCUUCGAAGUUUCUUUCAGCUACGAUCCAACGAUGGCUAUGACAACUGAUCAUUCUGUCUGGUGGCCAACUAUAAUGUUCCGCGUGAUGUCACGAGAUUUUUGGGGGAGAAGCUUCUCGCUUGGCUAUGGCUCGAUACAACUGCCAGUUCAGGGCAACACGCACCGGCUAGAGGUCCCAAUUUGGAGGUUGAAAUCUGGAAGUGAUAAUUUUGCACAACUACGGGAAUUACUUGUUGGGGACCCGAUCUCGUUGACAGACUAUUUUGGAACUAUGGCACUGAAUGGCAGCUCCCGGGCCGGACUUGAUACUGAAGGGGCUGGAAGCCUUAUCGUCAAUGUAUCUAGACUGGUACAAUCGCGAGCUUUUGUAAGCUCAGAGAUGAUGAAUCGGCUAAAAUACGGAUCGCGAUUGAACAAAAUCGGACUGGACUCUUCGCUACACUGGCGCAUCAUGAAGGUGCUCAUGGAGUUCGAGGAGGCACGGCGAGAACUGUUGCGAAUCCGAGCCAAGCACAAAGACCAAUCGUUU